CCGACGCGCAUAUCACAAUCUCUCAAUUUUCUCAGACCUACCACUUUCUCCAUAUAAAAUCCAAUGGGUUCUUCAUUUAGCUUCACCAACCAAACAAGGGAGUAACUGAGUACCCACCCAACCCAUGUCUGGAAACGCGAAGCCCACUUCGGUUUUCUUCCUCUUGCUCGUCAUCUCCUCCUGUCUCGCGGGCUCCGACCGAAAGCUGUCGGCCUACGAGGUUGUCGAGCUGUACAACCUGCCGGCCGGGAUCCUCCCGAAAGGAGUGCUGGACUAUGACCUGAACCGUGAAACCGGGGAGUUCAAGGUGAGGUUCAACGGAACGUGCGAGUUCAGCAUCGAGUCGUACGAGCUCAAGUACCAAUCCACCAUCUCCGGAGUCAUAAGCACGGGCCGAGUGAGGAACCUGAAGGGGGUGAGCGUGAAGGUACUAUUCUUCUGGGUCAACAUCGUGGAGGUCAGCCGUGAAAACGACGAUCUCGAUUUCUCCGUCGGGAUAGCGUCGGCGAGUUUCGCCGCCGAUAAUUUCGUGGAGAGCCCCCAGUGUGGUUGUGGGUUUGAUUGUAAUGAAGCAGGCGGUGCCGGGUUUGCGUUUUCCACUUGAAAGCUUAGUAUAUAAAUAAAUAAAUAAAUAACACCCUGUGGCUCUGGUAUUGUCACGGGCUAGGGUUUAUAUAUAUAUAUAUAUAUAUAUAUAUAUAUAAUAUUAUAUGUUAGUAGUAUUGGAUCUGUUUGAUAUAUUUGGUGACUGAUUAUUCAGAUCUGUGAAGGAAAGCUUUUUAUGAUCCAGAGAGAAGUUAACGGGCUUAGGGUUUGUGUUUGAAGUUUCAACGUUGCAGUAAACGCUCCAUCAAUGUUCUCAUUUGUCUGUCUUUACCCAACUUUUUUACCCAACUUUGUCACAGAAAACGGUGUCGUUUUCUCACCCGGACGACAUCAAGAACAUUUAGAUAUUUUCCACGGCUUUUCCCGAGAAAGUGACGGCUGAAAGAAAUCCAGACCGGGAAAUCUCUUGUUCUGAUCGGACAAAGGCCCGUGUCUAUGGUGAUGACGCGGCCUCUAACGGGAGUGUCGAGUUUUUCAUGCUGGUUGAGAUCUGAUAUAUUGGGUGAGUUGGUUAAUGGGCUCAAAGGAUCAUAUAUGGGCUUUGGGCCUCAGCCCAAUCCAGUGUUUAUCAUUAUCAUUAUACAUGCUUUGGUUAUGGGCCUUAUGGCCUUGUCCAUUUCUAUGACACUCAUUUCUUAA